CUCAGAUCACACAGCUUGUAUAGGAGCCCAUAUCACACUACAGAAGCAGACGCCCUUCCAAAAUACAGGAGCGCUGACCGGCGGCCGGGCGGCGCGGCGCCAUGAUCGGCACACUGCUGCUGGCGCUGCUCUGCGUGCUGCUGGGCGUCGUGCUGACGCUGGCCGUGCAGUACUACGUGCUGGAGAACUACUUCGAGAGUCUGCCGAUCGUGGGACCGACCGACAAGCCGACGGUGACCCAGCCCAAACUGCCCGAGGAGCUGGCCGAUGAGGUGCGGAAGGAGACGUACCAGCGGAAGGAAACAUGUCUGGCCAUCAAUCUGCUGGUGCAGAUGCUGUUCGGAGACCUCGUGCACACGCCGCGCCUGCGUCAGUGGGUCCUCAACAAGAUCCACCUCGAGUUCCAGGAGCUGAUGGCUCGCACAAGCGUCGGCAAGCUCUUCCACAACAUCAGGAUCAACGAGCUGGACCUGGGUGGUCAGAUGCCCGUGUUCAAGAGCGUCACCACCCAGUACGUGUCGCUCCAUCCCGUCACCCAGACCAUCGAGCAGCUGGACCUCAAGCUGGACGUCGAGUACAACGGCGGUCUGAAGAUCAGCAUCCUGGCCGACAUCGUGCUGAACAGGAAGGGCUUCGUCUUCCUCAAAAUCGAGCGGCUGUCGGGCCAGGUGCUGCUGCGCUUCACCCGGCGGCCGUUCUCGCACUGGGCGUACAGCUUCAUCGGUGACCCCACCAUCGAGGUGGAGGCAGAGUCGCAGUUCCAGGGCCGGCCGCAGCCGCGCAUCACUGCCGUCAUCGUGCGCCAGAUUAAGCGCACGCUGCGCAAGCGCCACACGCUGCCCAACUACAAGCUGCGCUACAAGCCGUUCUUCAUGUCGCGGCUGCAGCAGCUGGUGCCGGACGCGACGCUGGCCGAGCUGACCUCGUCCGCCCAGCUGGAGGUCACCGUGAAGCGACUGUCGCGGCUGCACUCCAGCGGCCAGCUGACGCACGUCUACUGCCGGCUGGCCGUCGGUGCCGACCCGCUGCUGCUGGACACGUCCCACAUCAGCUGGCACCAGGAGGAGCUGCACGUGCCGGCCCACCCGGGCCAGGCGGUCGGUCUGCUGGUGCGCGACACAUUCGUCAUGGAGAAGCAGCGGAACUGCAUCACCAUCUUCAUCGUCGUGCACAACGCUCCCGCCUACAAGGCCGGUCUCAAAGCGGGCGACAUAGUGGACUCUGUGGACGGCGAGCCGGUGCGGGACCUGCCCACCGCCAACCGCCUGCUGCGCCAGCCGGCCAGCGACAUCCGCGUCCGCGUGCUGCGCAUGGCCGAGAACAAGGAGGCCAAACACAGCAGCGUACGUGCCGCCCUUCUGGUGUGA